AUAAACUCUAGAUUCUUUCUGUAAUUACCAAAAACACUAAAAAACCUCUAAGACUAAUACUAGUAAUAUAGCAUUAAUCAAUACUAUUAAAUACCUACGCUUUACUUAUGUUUCCUGAGAAUUGUUAAAAAGCAUCAAGAGAGAGAGAGGGAAGGAGAGAGAGACCCACCAGUCCCAUUUUCCCGUGUAGAGAGAAAGAGCGAAGUGGAAGGUAAAGCUCACGUUUUGCUUCUUCUCAGCCGCACCUUCUUCCUCCCCUCCCAUGUACUGUGAGAGAUUUGACCGUUAGGGCUCUCAUCGGAUUCUUCGAUCGGCCUCAAAGUUCGCAACUUUUCGAAGAUCUGUGUCUCUUAUGAGCUUCGUCUUCUGAAGAAGAUGGAUCUAUCUUCUCAACGCCAAUCCCCAAAUGGGUCCAGAGGCUUUCGCCUCCAAGCUCCAUUGGUGGACUCUGUUUCUUGCUACUGCAGAGUAGACUCAGGUCUCAAGACCGUUGUGGAAGCGAGAAAGUUCGUCCCUGGCUCAAAGCUCUGUAUCCAACCCGACAUCAACCCCAACGCUCACCGCCGCAGCAAGAACUCUAAGCGUGAGAGGACGAGAAUCCAACCUCCGCUUCUCCCCGGCCUCCCUGACGACCUAGCCGUCGCUUGCCUCAUCCGUGUCCCUCGCUCAGACCAUAGGAAACUCAGGCUCGUCUGCAAGAGAUGGUACAGGCUUGCUUCCGGCAACUUCUUCUACUCUCAGAGGAAGUUGCUCAGGAUGUCUGAAGAAUGGGUUUAUGUCUUUAAACGUGACCGUGAUGGGAAGAUCUCUUGGAACACGUUUGAUCCCGUCUCUCAGCAUCCUCAGCCGCUUCCGCCUGUUCCUAGAGAGUAUUCAGAAGCUGUUGGGUUUGGUUGUGCUGUGUUGAGCGGGUGUCAUCUUUACUUGUUUGGAGGUAAGGAUCCGUUGAGAGGAUCAAUGAGGAGGGUGAUCUUCUAUAACGCUAGAACGAACAAGUGGCAUAGAGCACCUGAUAUGCUCAGGAAGAGACACUUUUUUGGCUGUUGUGUUAUAAACAACUGCUUGUAUGUAGCGGGUGGGGAGUGUGAAGGGAUUCAGAGGACGCUACGGUCGGCUGAGGUUUAUGAUCCGAACAAGAACAGGUGGAGUUUCGUUGCUGAUAUGAGCACAGCGAUGGUGCCUCUUAUCGGUGUGGUUUAUGACAAGAAGUGGUUUCUCAAGGGUCUUGGGUCUCACCAGCAGGUCAUGAGUGAGGCUUAUGACCCUGAGAGUAACUCGUGGAGCCCGGUUAGUGAUGGAAUGGUUACCGGUUGGAGAAACCCGUGUACUUCUCUGAACGGUCGUCUCUAUGGAUUGGAUUGUAGGGAUGGAUGCAAGCUCAGGGUGUUUGAUGAAACUACUGAUUCAUGGAACAAGUUUAUGGACAGUAAAGUUCACUUGGGGAACUCGAAGGCUCUUGAAGCUGCGGCUCUUGUUCCGUUGAACAAUAAGCUUUGUAUAAUCAGGAACAACAUGAGCAUGAGUCUGGUUGAUGUCUCGAAUCCUGAUAAGAACAAUCCUAGGGUGUGGGAGAACAUUGCGGUGAAAGGGCAGUCAAAGGGCAUUCUCAGUAAUAUAUGGUCGAGUAUUGCAGGGAGAGCUGUGAAAAGUCAUAUUGUGCAUUGUCAAGUGCUUCAAGCAUGACAUUAAAGAAAACUCAACAAUUGAGCCAGAGAGUUUAGAAGAAACCAACCACAUUGAGCUUCCAAGAAGAGAAGACGAAUGCUCAAUAAGUGUUAUACAAGAGCUCAUGUCUGGUCUUAACAGUCAUACAAGAGCUGAGAGAGAGUAAGAAUAGACAUGGCCAUCUCUUCUGGUGUUGUUAAUCUUUGUUAGUAUUUAUAGGAAGGUGGUAUUUAAAUGGUGUUUUAGCAAUUGUUAUAGCUUUUUUUGUUUGUUUACAUUUUGUAUUCUGUGGAUUUGUAAAUCUCAAGACUUUUCUCUCAAAGUUCAUCUGGAAAGAAUAACAUGAUCUGUAUCUGAACGGAGAAAA